AUGGGUACCCAUGAAGCUCAGUUCUUUGGUCCUUUUUCCGAUCUUCGCAUUCCAAUCUUCACUUAUACUCCGGGACCGGGAUCAUAUCAAACAACCGAGAGCAACGUCUACAAGCACCGAGCACCCCUCUACAGCCUGACCAGUCGCAUUCAAAGACAACUGGCCUCGACGGAUAACCCCAGUCCGGCCACUUACUACCCGAAUAAGGUACUCGGCUGUGCCCCACAAAUUAGUUUUGGUAUUCGACACUCUCCUUACAUCGCCCCUCUUGUAGUAGAAACUAACUAUAAUUAA